UUUUUUUUACUUUCGGUUCUUCAGGCUGAAGUUAGAAACGUCCUUAAGGUUGCUCGACCUCAUUUAACUUAUAUUUUAUUAGCUAACAGACAUAUAUAACUCAUAUCUAUCUGAGGCAGAUCAUGUAAGCGACUAGUUGUUUUGUUUUCUUGUUUUUUUGCUCGAAAGUCUUUAGUUUAAUUUCGAAGAUGUUUCCUUCGGUUAGCUUUCUGGCUAUCGUGCUAUGUCAUUUAGCAAUAAGUACUUCCGCCCUGAAAGAACUUCCCAGUAUAAACGUAAGGGUUGGUGGCACAGUGGUCCUCCAGCCUGGUCCUGUGGACGGUAGCAUCUCUAGUGUGACCUGGAAGCACAACAUCGACCUCGCUGUGGAGUGGUUUAACAGUGAGAAGCCUGAAUACUAUCGUGAAUUUAAGGAUCACGCUUCCUUGAAUCAAGCAGAUGGAGUUUUGACGAUCAGCAGGUUGACUACAGCGUUCAGCGGCACGUACACGGUUGAGAUCAGCAACAAAGUCAUCAGCUCACAGAAACUCCAGGUCUUACAUCCAGUCCUGAAACCUACAAUUUCAGUGAAAAAGAAAACUGCGACUUCAUAUGUUUUGAUGUGUAACCCCCACGUCAACGAUCAGGCACAAUUGGUCCAAGUCAAGUGGAUAGUUGAUGAACAGGAAAGAUCAGAAACAUCCAACACGCUGACAAUAAAUGAGGAGACUGCUUCACGUUCAUUUUUCUGUAUAUUGACGAAUCCUGUCAGCAACAUGUCGAGUGACGCCGUGACAAACCCUUUCCUCACAGACUCUGACAAUUCUGGCCUUAUUAUUGGAACAGUAGUAGUAGUGAUAAUCCUUCUAGCGGUUCUGGUGUUCCUGUUAAUCCUUAUUGUCAGACCACCGUCCUCAUUGAAAGACAAACCCGCAGUUAAAAGACUGCGCGAUUCUGGUUUUGGCAAAGCGAUUCUUUCCGCCUGCAGCUGCUUGACGGGUAAGCAGGAAAUGUGUAAACAUAAACAAAACAACAAAAUCACUCCCCAACUCCAUUACCACAUGUAA